AUGGAUGAGAAUCUCAUCAAGGAAACAUGCAGAAAGACACCAAACUAUGAUAUCUGUCUCUUUCUGCUUAAAUAUAAUGGUGGCAGCGGGAUCUAUUCUGCAAAUCGCACACGCUUGGCGGAUGUAAUGAUCGAUGUAGUCGGCCUUAGAGCAACCGAUGCUCUUUCCAAAGCUAUUGAGCUUCUCCGCAAAACACCGCAAGAUCUAUCUUUAACGAUCUGUAGAAAACAAUACACAUAUAUUAAGUUAAUUGGCGUUCCGACUGUCAAGAGGGAUGCUUAUAUGAACCAUCAGGCAGCAAAGAAAUUGAUGCAUGAAAUUUACGACAGGGUCGGAGAAGGUUGUGAGUAUUUAUUCAGAGCUGGGAAGUCUCCUCUUACUGAAUUCAAUCUAGGUGUCCAAAAGGUUGCUGCUAUUGCUGAAGCAAUAAUAGGGCAAUUGGGUUAA